GCCUGUCGUUCAUCGAUUUCAUGCGUCGUGAGGCUGGGGAGGUCCGAAGAGCCAUGUAUUUGGGUUUUCUCGGUUCUUCCUCCGACUUUUCGAGCGUCGAGAGCUACAUGUGCGGACAACUGCGAACAUCUCUCUCUAGAACUCAAUUGAGUUCAUGUGGUCUCUACCGAUCUGCACAUCCAUCACCAGAUCGAUGCUGUUGCUGCUGCAGAUCACUCCCGAAUGGAGAAUUAAGGCCGUGAGGGUGCACCAAGCUCCAUUCGGAUGAAUCCGAGCCAGAGAAAAGACGUUGGAUUAUAGAUCAGGCCCCUUUCAUCAUGGAUUUGAAAGUUUUGGGUUUAUAGCUCAUGGUAGGUCGGGCUUUGGGUAAGUUGAGGCUAGGGUUUUCAUUAUUUUUGCUAUAAAUGGAUAAGUUGAGGCUAGGGUUUUCAUUAUUUUUGCUAUAAAUGGAUAAGUUGAGGCUAGGGUUUUCAUUAUUUUUGCUAUAAAUGGAUGAGAGUAGAGAAAAGGGAAGUGGGAUUCUGUUUUGGAGAGAGAGAAACGGAAGAGAGACAGGAAAAGUGAGAUUUCUGGUGACUUUUCGGCAAACAUCGGCAGCCACUUAAAGCCGUUUCUUGCUGUUUUU